GGCCAUGCGCAACCGGAAGUACCCCGAGAACUGGACGGGGCUGUUUCCCGCACGUGGUUUUCCCGGUUCCUGAGCGGGGCGGCAUGGGGCGCUCGGGGAAGCUGAAGUCGGGCAGCGCAGGGAAGCUGAAGCGAUGGCGGAAGGGGCACAGCAGCGACAGCAACCCGGAGAUACGGCGACACCGCGAGGCCGCCCGCGGCCGCCUCCUCGCUCCCCGCUCCGAAAACAGCAACCUCACUGUAGAUGCUCUGAAACUGCACAAUGAGCUACAGUCAUCAAGGCCUCUGACUACUUCACGGGAUGGCAAGGAAACUCAGUCGUUUAUGGAGGAGGAUGAAAAUGCUGAAACAGCUAAGACCCACAAAUCUUCAGCCACUUUCCUAAGUGGUCUUACAGACUGCACUAACCUCACUUUCAGCAGAGUGCAGCGCCUAUGGGAAUCCAACUCGGCCGCCCACAAGGAGAUCUGUGCAGUGUUGGCUGCUGUCACUGAGGUCAUCAGGGCACAAGGUGGUGCAGAGAGUGAGACAGAAUAUUUUGGUGCACUGAUGACUACUCUGGAAGCUGUGGAAUCACCAGAAUCUCUAGCUGCUGUUGCUUAUCUCCUGAAUUUGGUACUGAAACGGGUGCCAGGCCCUGUGUUGAUCAAGAAGUUCUCCGAUACCUCCAAAGCUUUUAUGGGGAUUCUGGGAUCACAAACACAUGGAGAUUCUACUUCGGCCCUGCGCUGGGUGAUCUCCUGUCUAGCCACAUUGCUGCGGAGGCAGAAUCUAGUAGCUUGGAACUACCCUGUGACAAUGCAGGUUUUCCAUGGCCUUCUCAGCUUUACUGUCCAUGUCAAACCCAAGGUUCGCAAAGCUGCUCAGCAUGGUGUUUGCUCCAUUGUUCGAGGCAGUGAAUUCCUGUUUGGAGAUGGGGCUCCCUCGCAUCACCCAGCUGCAAGUUCUACAGCUAAAUUCUGUGUGCAAGAAAUUGAGAAGGCUGGAGGUGCCAAAGAGGCGACAACCACUUUACAUGUGCUAACUUUGCUACGUGAUUUGCUGCCUUGCUUUCCUGCCCAGUCUGUCAAAUCUUGCUGUGAGACUCUGCUACGGGUUAUGACUCUCAGCCAUGUGUUAGUGACAGCAUGUGCAAUGAAAGCCUUUCACAGCCUCUUUGUUACCCAGCCUCCCCCAUUCUGCCUGCCAGCUGAGCUUAAUGCCCAGAUCAUCACGGCCCUAUAUGACUAUGUUCCCAAUGAGAGUGACCUCCAACCUCUGUUGGCCUGGCUGGCUGUCAUGGAACGUGCUCACGUCAAUCUGGCAAAGCAGCAAUGGGAGCUGUGCUGGGCCCACCUUCCCCGCCUAUUCAAUACAUCCAUGAACUGCUUCCUUUCCCCUCACACUCAGGUGGUGUCUGCUGCAGCACAGACUCUCAAGGUCUCGCUCACUGAGUGUCUGGCCCCACACAUAACUGAACUAGGAAAAGUUUUGUCUGCCACUCCAUCUGGAUCUGCUGCUCAUGUAUGCAAGAUGUUCAGAGCAGUGGAAGAGGGCCUAACAUACAGGUUCCAUGCAUCGUGGGCCUCUGUAUUGCAAGUUCUGAGGACUUUCUUUGAGACUUGUGGGCAACAGUGUCAUCCCAUGAUGCGUAAGUGCCUACAGUCCCUUGCUGAUCUCCGUAGCUCCCCACACUUUCCUCACGUUGUGCUGCUUGACCAGGCUAUGGGGGCUGCAGUGGCCACUAUGGGUCCUGAAGUAGUUCUGCAGGUUGUGCCCCUGGAUAUUGAUGGCACAGAGGAGACUCUGGAUUUCCCUCGUAGUUGGCUUCUUCCUGUACUCAGAGAUCACAUCCGAGAUGCACCCCUUGCUUUCUUCUCUAGUUACUUCUUACCAUUGACUGCUACACUGAAAACUAGAGCCACAGAGCUUGCCCAGGAAAAACGAGAACUAGAAGCCAAGAUCUAUGAUACACUUCAAUGGCAGGUGUGGACACUUCUACCUGGAUUCUGCAGCAGCCCCACAGAUGUGGUACCUUCAUUCAAAGGAUUGGCCCGCACCCUGGGCAUGGCUAUCAGUGAUCGAUCCGAUCUGCGGCCAAUUAUAUGCCAAGCCCUGCGUAGGCUGAUUAACAAGGGCUGUCAAACAGAGGCAGAACGCGCUGAAGUUGGGCGUUUUGCAAAGAAUUUCCUUCCCAUCCUGUUCAACGUGUAUAGCCAAGAGGGCAAUGCCAAAGAGAGCCCUGUGAACCGGCGUGCUGUCCUGGACACUGUCCGUGCCUACUUGACAGUCACUGAGUCUCAGAUGGUUCAUACAUUCCUGGAGAAAGCAAGUGAGAAACUAGCUAGUCCUGAUACUUCAGAGUUUACUAGGCUCUCUGUGUUGGACCUGGUUGUAACUAUGGCUCCCUAUGCUAAUGAGCCCAUUCUGCAUACUCUCUAUAGCACCAUCCAGUCUUCCUUGCUGAACAAGGACCACAGGAUACAGAAGAAGGCCUAUCGAGUGCUGGAGGAAGUGUGUGCCUCUGACAGGCCAGCAUGUCAGAAUUUUGUACAGACUCACCUAAAGGACUUGCAAAGUGCCCUCCUGGGGUCUCUGCCCACUGCCACAUCUCCUGCCAAGAGGCCCCGACUGAAGUGUCUAUUAUACAUUGUCAAGCAGCUCACAUUGGAACAUGAAGAUUUUGUCACAGCUCUGGUGCCGGAGGUAGUACUUUGCACCAAGGAGGUGUCUGUAGGAGCCCGCAAGAAUGCUUUCAAUCUACUCGUAGAAAUAGGUCAUGCUUUUCUCCGCUUUGGUCCCACUCCAAAUGAUGGAAUACAGCGUUAUCUCCUCCUGAUCUAUGCGGGCUUGACCAGCUCUGUCACCAUGAUCAGCUGUACAGUGCUUGCACUUGCCCGUCUGCUUUUUGAAUUUAAAGAUCAAGUUGCACCAGAUGCCCUGGAGCAACUAAUGAAGCAUGUCUGCCUCCUGUUGGGCUCCCGGACACGAGAUGUGGUCAAGUCAGCUUUUGGCUUCCUCAAAGUGGCAGUCUUGCUCCUGGACACAGCUUUAAUGGGUCGGCACAUGGAAACCAUGUUAGAAGCCAUAGGAGGAUUGACGGAUGACAUGAGACGCCAUUUCCGCAUGAAGAUCCGAAACCUCCUUUCCAAACUGAUGCGUAAAUUUGGCAUUGAGCCUUUGCAGGCUUUGCUCCCUGAGGCAUAUCAUAAGGUGCUGCUGAACAUCCGCAAAACUGAGGCAAGGAACCGAAAGCGACAGGCUUUGAAGCGAGUAGGAGCCACCUCUUCAGAAGAGGAAGGAGCGGGAAUGAGGCCCAAGGGAGAAAGCAUGGAAGAAGUACUGGCUGAUUCUGACUCUGACCUGGAAGAUGAUGUCAAGCCACACAAAAAAGAGAGUAGACACAAGCUACAGAAACAAAGCCAAGCCUGGCUCAAGGAGGGAGAAAGUGAUGAGCCUCUCAAUUUCCUGGACCCUAAUGUGGCACAGAGAGUUCUAGCAACCAAGCCAGGCCGUAGCCAGACUGGAAAAGCCAGUAAUGAUUUCAAGGUGUCAACUGAUGGCCGUCUCAUAAUAUGUGAAGAAGAAGAGGAAGAGAAGGAAGAAGAAACUAAAGGAGUAGAUGAAGAGAUGGCAGAUCUAAUGCAGGAAGUUGGAAUCCGGAGUAAGAAGGCUCAGAAGCGCAGAUUCCGGGAAGAGGCAGAUGAAGAGGAGCUUGGUACCGAUGCACAAUCCAAAUACAAAGCUGGAGGCACUGGAAUCCAUCGACCUCUUGGCAAGAAUGCAUCACCAGGGGUGGAGUACAAGGCAAAGAAAGGUAAAGGUGACAUCAAGAAGAAAGGACAUCUCGAUCCUUAUGCUUACAUCCCAUUGAACAGAGCAAAGCUGAACAGGAGGAAAAAAGCCAAACUUCAGGGACAAUACAAGGGCCUUAUGAAGGGAGCCCAGCGUGGUGCUCAGGCAGGCAAGAAACAUCGCAAGAAGCAGCCCCAUGUCUGAACAAGAAAGGAUCCUUUCGCUAAUCAAUGAUGCAGUUCCUUUCAAGACAGCUAACUGCAUUGGAACUCCUUAUUGCUGCCUUGCAACCUACGCUGUUGUCUGCAAGUGGCACAUGAACGCUAAUUCUGUAUUAUUGGCUGUGUAUACCAGAAUUCUCAGCUGGAGGAAGAAUAAUGAAAGAUGCAUAUUCUGUUCUGUUCCCAUUCUAAUAUUUAUAAAUCCUUGCAGUAGAUUUUUUUCUCCUGCUAUUCUGAUUUCCUGGACAAUUACGUGUGCUUCAAUUACGUGUGAUUUUUUGCUUGAGUUUGAAAGAGGCAUAACAGUCUCCUAAUGAACAUUUAAGUAAUAAAUAUUAGUAACAAAAGAA